AUGGGGAAUGCUGAAUUGUUAAUUAUAGUUAUUCGCUCUUAUCCUGAUCUCAUACGGAAAACUGACUCAAAACGUCGAACUAUAUUUCAUAUUGCUCUUUUGCAUCGGCAAGAGAGUGUUUUUAAACUGAUAUAUGAGAUAGGCGCUAUCAAGGAUAUGCUUUUAACCUAUGUUGAUGAUGAAGGCCAGAACAUCCUCCACUUAGCUGGACAAUUGGCUCCUCCAAGUCGACUUAAUAUGGUAUCAGGAGCAGUCUUUCAAAUGCAACUGGAAAUACGGUGGUUUAAGGAGGUAGAAAGGCUUGUUCCGCCUUCGUACCUGAACAUGAAAUCAAACAAUCGUGAGGGCGUGGAGGGCCUAACACCAUGGGAUUUAUUUACGAGGAAACAUAAAGCACUACGGACAGAAGGUGAAAAAUGGAUUAAGGAUAAAGUAAAUUUUUACAUUGUUGCGGCAACACUGAUUAGCGCUGUGGAUUUCGCUGCAGUUAUCACCGUUCCGGGUGGCAGCAAUCAAGACAAAGGCACCCCUAUUCUUUUGAAAAGCAUUUGGUUUAGGGUGUUUUUCAUAUCGAAUGCAACAGCGCUAUUAACCUCCUCAGCUUCAAUAAUGAUAUACCUGUCAAUUCUCUCUUCACGUUUCGCGGAAGGUGAUUUCCUCACGUCAUUACCACUAAAGUGGGUGUUGGGAUUCAUCACACUCGUCAUCUCUAUAGCAGGCAUGGUGGUAGCAUUCAGCGCAACCUGCUUUCUGGUCUUGAAAAGUGAACUGACAUGGUUUCCCAUUGUUAUAAUUGCUUUAGAUGGUUUCCUAAUUAUUUCGUUUGUUUCACAACACUGUAAGCUUUGGUUUGGUGUCAUUUACUCAGCAUUUUUGCCUGAGUCUCUUUGUGGGCAACGUAAAAACAGGCUCUUUUAGUGGAUGAUCAAUGAUGGCAACUGAACAAUUGUUUGUGUCUCGAUGUACCAACUUUUAAUAUUUCAA